AAAAAAACAAUUUUAAUAUAGCAUUGCAAACAAUUGCAAAUUUAUUUACUAUUGUACACCAAAAUGAAUGAAAAUAAUUCGAAUGAAUUGACCAAAACACAAAUUGAACGAAUAGAAAAAAAUAAACAGCGUGCGUUUACAUUAAGAAAAACUCAAAUGGUUAUCCACCCAUAUUCGAAAAGAGACAUUAUUACUAAAGUUGACAAAGGUACAUUAAAAAUAGGAAAUACAAGGUAUAAAGAUACUGGUGGAGGAUUCCUUCUAGAGCAGGAUAAUAAAUCCAGUGAAUUGACUACAUACACACAUGUUCCACCAGUAUUUGAAUGUGAUAGACCAAUAUGUAAAGAAUGUAAAAAAGUGUUUGCAAACUCAUGGCUUUUCGAUUCAUUUGAUUAUAGUGUGUGCGAUAGUUGCAAAGAUCCUGAAAUACAUAAAUUAAUUACAAAAACUGAUGCAUUGAAUAAAUAUUUAUUAAAAGAAUGUGAUAUCAAUAAACGUGAACCAAUACUUAAAUUUAUUGAAAAGAAAAAUCCACAUAAUUCACAAUGGGGAAGUAUGAAGUUGUAUUUACAAAUUCAGGUAGAACAAAGAGCCUUAGAAAUAUGGGGCAGUGAGGAAAAGUUGCAAGAAGAAUUAAAUGGUAGAGAAGAAAAAAAAGUGGAAGCUAAAAUAAAGAAAUAUCAAAAAGAAAUGAAAAAACUACGGAUGAAUAUGAGGAGUAGUUUGUAUGAUAAAACUUCUGCUAUAUCACACACUCAUGAAUUUGGAUCGGAAUCCUAUAAUGAAGAAGAUGACACAUACACUCACAAAUGUUUAACAUGCUUUUACACAGAAACAUUUGAAAAAAUGUGAUGAAAAAGUGAUCUGAAUGUCAUGUAUUGCUUUGCUAUGGAUUUUAUUAUACUUUAUUUAAACAAUUUGGCCACCAUAAACACUUAUAAAAACA